UCUUAUUCAUUCUCAAUAAUAAUUCAUUUUUAUAUCAUCAUCAUAUAAAUAAUAAUAAUAAUAUUUCAGAUAUUUUAAUACCAUUUGGAUCGUUAACUUUUAGAUCCAUUUUGCUACACAAAAAUCAUCUCUUUUCUCAAUUGGGUUUCUCUGUUUCAAUAUUUCUUCCAAUUUUCGUAGGGUUUUUUCAUUUCCAUGGCACCAAUGGAUCCUAACCAAACUACUUCUUCUUCUAGUAGUAGUAGUGGUGGUGGUUUUUUUUCUUCUAUUGCUUCAAGUUUGUUCGGCACUUCCAGUACCAAAUCCGUUAAUAGUACUCCAAGUAUUGAUGGAUUAGAAGUUGUUAAUCCAGAAGGAGGAACUGAAGAUGCUGAAGAGGAAGCUAAAAAGGGAAGGUGGAAAGAUGAGGAACGGGAUAGUUACUGGAAAAUGAUGCAAAAGUAUGUUGGGUCUGAUAUCACAUCAAUGGUGACACUCCCAGUUAUAAUUUUUGAGCCAAUGACGAUGCUACAAAGAAUGGCUGAGCUUAUGGAGUACUCUUACCUAUUAGAUAUGGCGGAUGAAACUGAUGAUCCAUACAUGAGACUUGUAUAUGCCUCAUCAUUCUUUAUAUCCGUCUACUACGCCUAUCAACGAACGUGGAAGCCGUUCAAUCCAAUUCUUGGCGAGACUUACGAAAUGGCAAACCAUGGUGGCAUGUCAUUUAUAGCAGAACAGGUCAGUCAUCAUCCCCCAAUGAGUGCCGGACAUGCCGAAAAUGAGCAUUUCACUUAUGAUGUGACAUCAAAACUGAAAACCAAAUUUCUUGGCAACUCCGCUGAUGUAUAUCCUGUUGGAAGAACACGUGUUACACUUAAAAGAGAUGGUGUGACCCUUGAUUUGGUGCCUCCACCUACAAAAAUAAGCAACUUGAUUUUUGGACGAACUUGGAUUGAUUCACCGGGGGAGAUGGUCCUGACCAAUCUGACUACUGGGGACAAAGUUGUGCUGUAUUUUCAACCGUGUGGCUGGUUCGGAGCUGGUCGAUACGAAGUAGACGGAUAUGUGUAUAAUGCUGCCGAAGAGCCUAAGAUUCUAAUAACUGGGAAAUGGAAUGAGGCUUUGAGUUAUCAAGUUUGUGACCCAGAAGGAGAACCACUUCCAGGCACAGAGAUGAAAGAGGUUUGGAGAGUUGCCGAGGCUCCUAAAAACGACAAAUUCCAAUACACCUAUUUUGCACACAAGCUUAACAGCUUUGAUACUGCUCCCAAGAAGUUGUUGCCAUCCGAUUCUCGUCUCCGUCCUGAUAGAGCGGCCCUUGAGAAGGGUGACCUAUCCUUGUCCGGCAACGAGAAGAGCAGUUUGGAGGAGAGGCAAAGAGCUGAGAAGAGAAACCGAGAGGCGAAGAAUCAUAAGUUCACUCCUAGAUGGUUUGAUCUAACAGAGGAAGUAACUCCUACACCUUGGGGUGAAUUGGAAGUUUACCAAUACAAUGGUAAAUAUUCUGAACAUCGGGCCGCUAUAGACAAUUCUGAUAUCAUUGAUAGUACACCGGAAUUCAAUCCUUGGCAAUUCGAUAAUUUGGAGGCUGAAUAAACAUUCUUGUGGAAUUCUUUCUAUUUUUUAACCGUGUCAUGUUGUUAUUAUAAGUUUGUAAUGUAUCUCUUAUUUGAAUUCCUGAAAUUUGAUCUUGUUUUUUGGGGUUGUGUUAUGUUGUUGUAGCUUUUGAUUAAUUACAAUUAGCUUAUGUUAGUUCAAUCCAUUUUAAUGGGUAAAUGUUAGGAGACAACUUGAGCUA